AUGACACAUCCUCUGGUCUCCCUGUGCUUCCUCACUCCCAACAGCCACCUGGCACCUGAAGAAAAGCCCAGGGAUGACAGGAGCCUAAGGGACAAUUCCUCCGUGAAAAUAUUGGAUUUCCCUUCUGUCUCCAUUGUAGCACUGAACAAGAAAUCCAAAAGAAUCAGUAGAAAAGAGGCGGAAAAGAAGAAAUCUUCCAAGAGAAACUCUUCCACGAAGACCGUGGCUCGGCCCCGGCCCCCGCCACCCACCCACUGCGUGGCUACUCGAGCGAGCUGCAAGUCGCCGGCGCCCGCCUGCGCCUCCUGCCAGUGCCGCUUCUUCCACAGCAGCUGCUCCUGCCGCGUGCUCCGCCCCGUCUGCUGAGCGCGCCCAGCCGCCUCCAAUAGCUGUGCCUUCCUAGGACCGGGUGCGCGUACAGUUACUUAGGUUGAAUUACUUAGGUUGGGGCGGAGCUUCCAGGAGGCGGGGCUUCAAGAAGACCUGGCUUGGGCCCGGCUAAACCCCAAAUAUAUGUAGGCUGCUCCAAAGUUGUAGGCUGCUCCAAAGUGUGUGGCUGUUUCCUUAAAGGACCCCAAAGAUCCCUUUCCCUUACUCCUGGCUCCUUCACAGCGGAAGACCCGUGGACUGCCCAUGCUCUGUCUCCUGGGCAUGGGAAACCCGAUUUCCCCGGCCCUAGCGCUGCCCC